AUGAUUUCCCUUUCGAUCGGCCCCAAGGUGUGCCCGCCAAGUCGCUCACCAUGCCCUAAGCAUGAAAACGAUAGGAUCGAUGGGCUAGAAUGGGACCAAAUUGCCCUUUCCGAAGCCACUGACCCUGGGAUGGACCCUAUUACUAUGAAUGAAAAAAAUUUAUAUACGUUUGUUCGAGCACUUGGGACCGACCUAGAGCAGCUCCAGGGACUGUCAAUGUCUCAGAUGAUCAGCGUUUCAUACUGGCUUAUGUGUGCUGGGUUCGUGAAAUCUUUUGUGGUCCAGGGAAGUUCGCACGAGAUUUUCCAGGCAGAACCAGAUCGGACAAGCAUUGCCGACUCAUUUCCCUCGACACCCUUUUCUCCUUAA